AUGUCCGGCACGGCGGCGGAGGCCAAGUACCGGGGCGUGCGGAAGCGGAAGUGGGGGAAGUACGUCUGCGAGAUACGCCUCCCCAACAGCCGGGAGCGGAUAUGGCUCGGCUCCUACGAUGCGGCGGAGAAGGCGGCGCGGGCCUUCGACGCCGCCCUCUUCUGCCUCCGCGGCCGCGCCGCCAAGUUCAACUUCCCGGACGACCCACCGGACAUCCCGGGCGGGGAGUCGCUGUCCCCCUCCGAGAUCCAGGCGGUGGCGCAGCGCUACGGGAAAAGCUACGGCAGUGGCCGACUGCCGCAGGCGGCAGAGGAUGGGUUUCGGGCCCGGGCCUCGGAAGAUUCCGCGAGGGUGGAUUUGAUUGACGGGUCGUUUUGGGAAAUGGUGGACAUGAAUGGUGGGCAUAAUGCGGAUUUCGGGCCUUUCCCAGAGCCCGAUGAGAUGUAUAGCUAUGCACAUUAUGAAGCUAGGGUUUGUGAAGAUGAGGACGAGAUCAGCUAUGAUGACCAGCUUUGGAAUUUCUAA